AUGGCGUCCGCAGUUACACUGACUGCUGAAGACUUUGGCUCGCUAAAGGACGGGAUGGGCCGUAGUGUGUCGGUGCAAAAAUUUUCCUGGAAAACAGCGGCCGGUUUGAAGCUGUCCGUGCUGAAUCUAGACGCAGCCAUCGUGGAACUUUGUGCACCGGAUCGAACGUGGAAGAAUAGUGCGAAUGUGUUGCUAGGGGUGGACAACCUGGACGAGUACUUGCAGCUCGAUUCGACGCUCAUCUGCAGAGCUCAGUUUGAGAAAGGAUGGCCAAUUCUCACUCGAAAUGUGGUCCGAACGGAUGCUCCUACCGGCCGUACGGUUGAUCUGAAUCGUGUUUGGCAUUCCUUUGUAAACGAAACACGUCUACAUCUAAGUUUGGUGCGCAAAUCUGCAGCAAAACAUCGGAACACAUACGCUACGGUCACGAUCAGUGUGGAACCAUCGAAUGUGGUCCGCAUCCAGUAUCAGACCUGUUGCACAAAUGGUGAAGUUUAUCGGCUAGCUCACCGAUUUCUAUUCAAUCUUGGAGGCUGCGAUUCGGGUGCCCAGGGAACGUUUGAGCAUGUCGUGCAACUGAAUGCAGACUCUUACGUGGAUGAGAAUCGGAACCUUCGAACUGCGGGAGAAAACUUUACCGAUCUUCGUAUCGCACAGCAUCUGGGUCUGAGCCUCUACAAGGCACGAAACGAAGGUUUGCACGAUGUGGACGGAAUAAGUGGAAUCUAUGGGCUUAACAAUACAGCCGAAGAUGGAUUUGCACUGAGACUCAUUCACACCGGAAGUGGACGUGCGAUGGAGCUGUACUGCAAUUUUCCCUGGAUGCACUUUUCCAGUCUAGAUCAUCUCCCGCCGGGGAAGGAUGCGAUCGUUCCGUUCUACCCUCGGGAAGGUAUACAACGCGUAUCGCUAAUCUUCGAUCUAGAACAGCUAAUAUUGGCCGUUGUUAGCGGGACAGAAGAACACCCGAGCGAUGAAGAAAAGGAUGAACAUUCGAUGGUUGAAAGUGUCGUCAAUGUAAAUCCCGACCAGCAGCAGGAAGCUUCAACUUGUUCGGGAAAAUACAUUAAGAAUGAUGGAUUUCUAAUACACCCUUUGGCGUGUCCCUUCCGACCGGUGGCGAGUCAAAAAGUCAUAUCCGAUCUACCUGAAACCCAUCCGAUAGCUUCAUGUCGAGGACAAACUCCCGUACCCUUUAUUGGACAUGUAACUCUGAAGUUCGGUAUCUGUAAAGCACUCGCGAAGGAAGACCCUCAAUCACCGCCCAGUUCCAAUUAA